AUGCCAGGUUGGGAGCCCUUUGAUAUCGACAUCCCCGUCCAGGGCCCUCGGACAGUCACUGUCGGAAGGGACAUCGAUGUCCCCAUUCUCGUCCACAUCAUCGACGACAACAAGCUGAAGCCCGUCCGCCUGGAGCUCCGACUGAAGGGGCCCGCAGGAGAGGAAUAUCCUCUCCAAGACCACCUCGAGGGGGCUGACCUUGUCGACACGCCCUGCGUCCGCGAGAACAUCACGUACUGGUACAUGUUCAAGCGCCUCCGCUUCCUGAAGACGGGAACUUACAAGAUCGAGGUCGAGGCCUGGAAUAAAUCCCGGUUGUUGGGAUCCCUUACCUGCCGUGACACAUUCGAGGUGGUGCCGGGACGCCUGACUGCGGAACAGGAGGAGGGGAACAAGCCGACGGAGCUCAGGCAACGAAUCAUUGAAGUCGUCACCGAGAACAUCGCGAGGCAACGCAGGAUGUGA